AUGCUGAUACAGUUCCUCGAGCAGCACCCGUACCUGGGGAGAUCUUGCACGGAGGUCUCCCCGCGUAUGACUGCUGCUCGAAAGAAGCAGCUGUGGCAAGAAAUCGCCACGCUGCUGAAUCAGCAGGGGCCCGCGGUUAAAUCGCCACAACUAUGGCGUAACCACUGGGCGAAGAUGGUCUGCGGCGCGCGCAAGGAGCUCGCGAGAUCGACAAGCGAGAGAAACGCCAUGGGUGGCGGCAGGGUUGGCGGCGUUGACGGCCGCGUCUUGGACAUCCUUGAGAGGACCGGCGCAGUCGUCACCACCCCGCCAGAGUAUUACCCCGUUCCCGACGUGGAGACUGAGGUCGAGGUGGGAACCUCCCGUGCAGCUACUAGCCGGGGGCCGAGCGACGUUGACCUGCAACCAAUACCCCUCCAGCCACAAGUGCCGCAGCCCGGACCUUCGCAGCCGCAGCCCGGACCUUCGCAGCCGCAGCCCGGACCUUCGCAGCCGCAGCCCGGACCUUCGCAGCCGCAGCCUGGACCUUCGCAGCCGCAGCCCGGACCACAGCCUCAACCCCGCCGAAGACAGCCCAGGCAGCUGGAGGAAGCUGUGUGCCGGGCUACGGCUGAGUACGUGCGGCAGGGCCAGUGUGCUGAUGCGAGGGCCGUGGCAGACCGCAAGUUCCACCACAAGAUGUUGGAGCAAAACCGGCGUCAUCACGAGGCCCAGAUGGCCAGCCAAGAACGGCUGGAAAACCAGCUCUGCCGCCUGACCGAAGAGGUGGGCCGGCUGCGCCACGUUCAGCAGCAGCGCCUCGACCAAGAGCGCAGGGCGAAUGACUGUACUCAGCGCCUGCUGCAGCAACUUUUGGAGGCCCUGGCCGGUGGGGCUGCACUAGUCACUCGCCCACCUCAGCCUCCUAGCGCCUAAAUUUUAUUGAUAUAUACUGAGUAUGCACAGCGCAAUGAAACGAAGGCAAGAGAAACACACAAACGACAUAGACUGGCACUGACUUCCAACUGAAUUAUUGAAAAGCAUGAAGCCCGCUUUUACGCAUGUGCACAUCUUAUCAGCAACUGAAACGAGUCAUGGGUGAGCAUACAUCUCUCUGUCACUUAGAUACACGCUUGGCGUAAUUACACACUUGAUACCGGAUUUCCUAAUGUGGGCUGCCUCGAAGUGCAUUUACACUUGUUGCAGUGAUAUGCAAGAUGUCCGCCUGAAUUGUUUUUUUACAAAAAAAAAAUACUCUUGUGCUCUGAUGUUGAAACGUAGCCCGCCGGCCCAAUGUACUCUUUUCCACAGCUGAGUGGCAUCUUGUAUAGCACGUGAGGCACACAGUCGGUGUAACGAUGAGCAUGCUUCUUCGUGCAGGAUUUUUUCUAUUCUUUGGUGAGCAUAGGGCAAAU